AUGUCACGAGACUUAACUUAUAAUACUCCACAAUUCAGUGUAACCAAUGCUGAUGGAGAACAAGAAUUUCAAUUCCAUAGCCAUAACCACUCAUAUACAAGUAUACAAGAUGCCAUAGAUGAAACACCUCCAGAAUCAUUCAAUUCAAACCCUUCAAAUGAAUCAUUGCCAGGAUUCACUCCCAUAGAUACUUCUGAAUACCAUCCAUCUCAUUAUGAGCGAUUAGAUGAUGGUUCAUUAUACACUACUAACUCGACUGCAUAUUCGAACACAUCUACUUAUUCCAAAGAUGGCGCAUCGUCUUCCAUAUAUGAGAUGCAGUCGUAUGAAACAACCGCCAAUAAUGAUGAUGCCUCUCCUUUUGGAGGAUACUCGCCAAAUGCUUUUUUCUUAUAUUGGGAGGAAAAAGAACCCGAUGAUUAUUUACAUAAUCCUGAUCCAAUUGAAGAUGCGAAAUAUGAAAGUAAUCGAUUUUGGUAUGAUUUGAAAAGUAUGGACCGGAGAUCAUUUUUUGGAUUGUUAACAUUUAUAUUCAUGUUCUUCGCCGCUCUUGGUAUUUUCAUCUUAUUACCAAUAUUGUCAUAUGGUGCAAAAUUUACCCCAUCUGUCACCACAGGAAUCAAACUUACGGAUUAUGUGUAUCCCAUGAUCUCUUCCAUCCGAACCAACCUAGUAGACCCCGACACACCAAAAGAAGCACUCACAUGGACCAACCCCUUAACAAACGAGACAUGGCCUCUCGUAUUCUCCGACGAAUUCAACACGGAAGGAAGAACAUUCUACGACGGGGAUGAUCAAUUCUUCACGGCGAUGGAUUUCCAUUAUGCUGCCACCAAUGAUUUGGAAUGGUAUGACCCUGACGCGGUAACUACCGCUAACGGAACCUUAAACCUCCGCUUGGAUGCAUUUAAGAAUCAUGAUUUGCUUUAUAGAUCAGGUAUGGUCCAAAGCUGGAAUAAAUUCUGUUUCACCCAAGGAAAAAUCGAAUUCUCAGCCCGGUUACCUGGUUACGGGAACAUAUCGGGUUUAUGGCCCGGUUUAUGGACGAUGGGAAAUCUUGGACGUCCAGGGUAUUUAGCCACCACGGAUGGAGUAUGGCCAUAUACGUAUAGUACUUGUGAUGCCGGUAUAACCCCCAAUCAAUCCUCUCUGGACGGGAUCAGUUAUUUGCCAGGUCAACGACUCAAUUCGUGUACUUGUCCAGGCGAAGACCAUCCAAAUCCAGGUACCGGAAGAGGUGCUCCUGAGAUUGAUGUUGUCGAAGCCCAGAUUUCAGGGAUUGGACAAGUUUCACAAUCGUUACAAGUCGCGCCUUAUGAUAUUUGGUACAUGCCCGACUAUUCAUUUUUAGAAAUCUACAAUGCUUCAAUCACACAUAUGAAUACAUAUGCUGGUGGUCCGUUCCAACAGGCCGUAUCCGGAUUGACGAUGUUGAAUACCUCAUGGUAUGAAUACGGGGACACUGCACAUAAUUUCCAAAAAUACGGGUUUGAGUAUUUGAACGACGAUACUACCGGAUAUGUGACCUGGUUUGUCGGAGAUGCACCGGCUUGGACAGUGAAGGCAUUUGCAUUACAUCCGAAUGGGAAUGUUGGCUGGAGACAGAUCCCGAAGGAGCCAUUGGCGUUGAUUAUGAAUUUGGGGUUAUCGAAUAAUUGGGCAUAUAUUGAUUGGCUUAGUUUGGUAUUUCCAUCGACAAUGAGUGUUGAUUAUGUAAGAUUAUAUCAGCCAGAAGGACAGGUGAACUUGGGUUGUGAUCCGGAAGGAUAUCCUACCCAAGAGUAUAUUCAGAAACAUUUGAACAUUUAUGAAAAUGUGAAUUUCACGCUGUAUGAGGAUGCUGGGUAUACGAUGCCUAAGAAUAAAUUAACCGGAUGUUAG